GAAAAUGCGCUCCGGGCAGGCUGACCCGCGGCGCGCCUGCGGCUGAGAGGAGAAGGUGGGAACUCCGGGGAAGUCCUUUUGCUAGACACUGGGUGCUAGGCCCGACGGAAGAAUGAGUCUCGUGUAGGUGACUGAGAUGCUGAGAAGACCAGCGUGGCGGCUGAGGAAGACCCCGCCAGGUGGGCGGCGCGCGGCCUCUUCCGGUUUCUGAGGCGUUCGGGACUCUUGGCUCCGGUCGGUGCGCGCGCUGCCGCGGCUCCCGGACCCGGAAGGGGAGGCGGCGGCGGCGGCCCAGGAAUAGCUGCAAAGUACUUCACCGUCCACGUGCUGCUCGGGCUUCUGGCUUGGUCCGCAGCUCCGCGCCCGGGCCAUGACUACCGCCUGCAGCUCGCUCCCAGACCCGCCUCCCAAGACGUACUUCGGACGCCGCCAGGAUCAGACGAGGCGGCAAACAGAGGCUACCAAGAGAAAACACCAAGUGUCCAGUGAUGCUCCACCAACAAAACGGAGGAAUGAAGCAUCCUCUCUUUCAGCCAAGAAAACCAGUGAUAAAGAAACUCCAAGAACAUUUAAGGGAGGUGCACACAAAACGUUUCCUCCAAAGAAGUCCUUGGACAGUAUAGGCAAUGGAAGGCAAGAGAGGCCAUGCAUCAAGACUUCGUCUCUGUUUAAAAACAAUCCUGAGAUCCCAGAACUCCGCAGAGCUGUAGUGAAGCAGGCUCGAGAGCAAGUGUUCUCUCCAGAAGCUUUCCAGGAGCUGGACCUCCACCCACACCUAAUAUCCACAAUAAAUACAGUCUUAAAAAUGUCAACUAUGACCAGUGUUCAGAAGCAGAGUAUCCCAGUGCUGCUGGAAGGCAGAGAUGCCCUUGUGCGGUCCCAGACGGGCUCAGGUAAAACUCUUGCCUAUUGCAUCCCUGUGGUCCAGUCCCUUCAAGCACUGACAUCAAAAAUACAGCGCAGUGACGGCCCCUAUGCUUUGGUCCUAGUGCCCACCAGAGAGCUGGCUCUGCAAAGCUUUGACACUGUCCAGAAGCUGCUCAAGCCAUUCACCUGGAUUGUUCCUGGAGUGUUGAUGGGCGGAGAGAAGAGGAAAUCAGAAAAGGCUAGACUCCGCAAAGGCAUAAAUAUCCUUAUCUCGACUCCUGGGCGCCUGGUGGAUCAUAUAAAAUCCACGAAGAACAUUCACUUUAGUCGAAUACGGUGGCUGGUUGUGGAUGAAGCAGACAGGAUAUUGGAUUUGGGUUUUGAGAAGGACAUAACAGUGAUUCUGAAUGCUGUAAAUGCUGAGUGUCAGAAACGGCAGAAUGUCUUGCUGUCAGCGACACUCACAGAAGGUGUAACACGGCUAGCUGAUAUCAGUUUGCACAAUCCAGUCAGUAUCUCUGUCUUGGACAAAAUCUGGGACCAGCCCAACCCGAAGGAAGUUGCUAAUACCCAGCUGGACAGCUUUGCCAUACCAGAGAGUCUUGACCAGCAUGUGGUGCUGGUUCCCAGCAAGCUGCGCCUUGUCUUCCUUGCAGCCUUCAUCCUGCAGAAGUGCAAGUUUGAGAAGGACCAGAAGAUGAUUGUCUUUUUCUCAAGUUGUGAGCUGGUGGAGUUCCACUACAGCCUCUUCCUUCACACCCUGUCUUGCCGCUCAGGGGCCCCCACUUCAGAGCAGCUACCAUCUGCUUCCUGGCCACUGAAAUUCCUUCGGCUGCACGGCAACAUGGAACAGGAGGAAAGAACCUCCGUGUUUCACGAGUUCUCACAUUCUGGAACGGGAGUCCUGCUCUGCACGGAUGUUGCAGCUCGAGGCUUAGAUCUCCCACAAGUCACCUGGAUUGUUCAGUACAGUGCUCCGUCUUCACCUGCAGAAUACAUUCACCGGAUUGGAAGAACUGCCCGGAUUGGCUGUCAUGGGAGCAGCUUGCUCAUUUUGGCUCCUUCAGAGGCAGAAUAUGUCAACUCGUUGGCUUCUCACAAAAUCAAUGUUUCUGAGAUUAAGAUGGAAGAUAUUUUGGCUAUCCUGACAAAGGAUGCUUGUUUUAAAAGGAGACAGAAGGGAGCCCAGAAAUCCCAUGCCAGUGGCCCCCAGGAAAUCCGAGAACGAGCUACAGUAUUGCAGACAGUAUUUGAAGAUUAUGUGCACUCCAGUGAGAGGAUGGUCUCCUGGGCAAAGAAAGCUCUGCAGUCCUUCAUCCGAGCCUAUGCUACCUACCCUAGGGAGCUGAAGCCUAUCUUCCAUGUCAGGUCACUACACCUUGGGCAUGUGGCUAAGAGCUUUGGGCUAAGAGAUGCUCCUAGAAACCUCAGUGUCUCCACUGUGAAGAAGAAGGCAAGCUUGAAAAGGCCUGACCCUCGGAGGAAGAUCCGGAAUAAGCACCACCUUGUGCUCGCUGAAGUCCUGCACUCAGAAUACUCAAGUGGGCUGGAGGCUGGCGGCUCGAAGGGUGGCAAGCAAGGCAAACAGCAGGGCUUUCAGGUGGUACCCAGCAAGGCCAGGCCGUGGAGAGAAUGAAGCUGCUCCUACAUCCAGAAGCUCACCACCAACCAGCAAGCUUCUUUUGGUUUUUAAUCUCUCUACAGGACCAGGUCAGGGUAGAUCGACAGGCCCUGUGGCUUUAGAUUGAUGUCCUGUUCUUAUCAGGGAAACUUCCUGAACACAGACCUGUUGGAGGAGGAGCCCUGAUGGAAACCAGCAGGCAGGGGCCAGUGCUAGACAGUCACCUGCCUUUGCUCUAGCCUCUUGCAAGAUUGUGCACAGGGACAGCAAAACAUCCUGUGUAUCAGCCUGGAAGAGUGUGGCUCCUGGCGAGCUUGCCAGAUGAAGCUGCCACACAUGUAUUGCAUGAGUGUUGUCAGAUGGAAUGUUAAAAACUGGAACUGAACUUGUACAAAAGGAUAAAGUGUUUGUUGAAUAGCUAUUUUCUUAGUGUCUGCAUGUUCUGUGAGGAAGGACCAAGAGAGCUUUCGCUUUGGGUCAAAAAACACUGCUUUCUUCCAUAAGCACAGCAUAGUGCCAUGUGCAUUGCCUCCCCUUUCAUGUCCACAGAAGACUAGCUCUCUCUGGGCUAAUUGACUGACUGUUGCCUUUUUAUUAUCUGCCUUUGAAGUCAAAAGGCACUAGCACCCGAGCUCGCCUUUCCCAUCGGAGCCUGUCUUCUCUUCGAGGUCUGAGGUCUUUGUGUUGUGACCUAGACCCAGAACCCCCACACACCAUUGUGUUUCUGGGAGGUUUGAAAGAGGACCCCUGGAGCGUAUUGAUUUCCCAAUAAAUGUAAGAUUUGGACAUUA